CAGAAACUCCCCAAGAUAGUUCACCGCCCAAAGAAUUUCUGAAGAUUUCCCCAAGGCGAAGAAAGUCGAGAGAGUUCAUCAUCAUAUUAUAAGUUAAUAUUCAACAAUGUCGGGCGCAAAUGAUAAAGCAAGAUUUUAUCUUGAACAAGGCGUUCCUCAAUUACAAGAAUUCGAGCAAAAGAAAAUAUUUACAAAGGUUGGUUUACAUCUGCCUUAAAUUUAUAUGCUUUUUUUACUUUGCGAUGGGUUACUUACAAAAAAAAUGUGUUCAGGAUGAAAUUAAGACAUUGGUCAAAAAGCGAUCCGACUUCGAACAUAGAGUAUUAGUAAGAGGCUCACAAGCCGUCGAUUUUGCUAGAUAUGCUGCAUGGGAAAUGAGUCUUGAGCAUCUUCGUCAAAAAAGAUGUAAACGAAUGCGCAUAAAAGGAAGCUCAUCGCAUGCUGGUCAAGCGCGUGUAUUCGGUAUUUUCGAUAGAGGUGUGAAGAAACAUCCUGGCGAUGUCGCAUUAUGGAUGUCAUAUUUGGAAUAUGCAAGACAAGCAAAAGCGACAAAGAAAUUCAAGACGGUUUUGACGGCGGCAAUUCGACUACAUCCUACGAAACCGGAAUUGUGGCUCUAUGCAGCAAAAUGGGCAUUGGAAUUGGAUGCGGAUAUGAAUGAGGCGAGGAGUUAUAUGCAGAGAGGAACCCGAUUCUGCACCAGGAGCAAGGAUUUAUGGAUUGAAUAUGCGAAAUUGGAGAUGAUUUAUUUGGCAAAGAUUGCUAUUCGUAGGAGGAUUCUUGGUCUGGAUAUCGACAGGACUAUCGAAGCGCCAAAGGAAAUCGAAGAAACAGCCGAGGAGUCUGGUUUCACAACCUCACAGGAUAUGAUUACAAUUCCAGAUUUCAAGGAUAACACAAUGCAACCAAGCAUGAUGGCAAGAGUAGGAGUAGAUUCCGAAGCUGCAAAAGACCCCAUGACCACACCAGCUCUCAAUGGAGCCAUCCCACUUGCGAUAUUCGAUGUUGCUAAAAAGCAACCAUUCUUUUCAUCUGUCGCCGCGGAGGAUUUCUUCGAUAUGUUUGCAGCAUUUACUCAAGUCAAAUGUCUUUCUAAGAUUCUUCAACAUGUUUUAGAUAGUAUGUUGGAAUCAUAUCCUAAGGAUCCCGCAACAUGUAAUUGUUAUAUUCGUCAACCUUUAAUUGGCAUCGAUCAUGCAUCUCCUGAAUUUGCAGUAGCCAUUGGAUCGGCACUUAAUCGCCUCAAGGAAUCUAUGGAGAAUACCAAUGAUAAGACUCAAUUAUCAAUGAAGACAAAAGCAUGGAUUGAAGCAAUUUUAGCAUUACAAGAGCUAGAUUCAGGUAUUCAAACAGUAUUGCAACAUACAAUUCGAAAGCUGGAAUAAGUGCUUCAUAUUUACGGAAAUGGAAGAAUUGAGCGUAACAUAAAUCGGGAGGAUUUGAAGGUGCAUGCGAGUGGGAAUGCUGAAGCCACAUCCUCAUAAUAUAUAGGAGGGGUAAAAUUUAUUGACGGCGUUGGUUUGGGCAGGAGUAUGGGAGGAAGGUCACUCUAUAUGAGAUAUUGGACUUCGGAAGGAAAAGUAUUCAAUACCAAGAAUCAACCAAUUUACUUCUAUGUUCUCAAACCUCAAGAUUCAUGUGUAUACAUGGGCAGGCACCUCAACGAUUUCCAUCCUUUUCCUAAAUUUACGCAGCUAUCUACAUUGAGCUUUCUCAAAGUUGAGGUAGCCCUCCCUAAAUCACGAGUCUGAUAGU